AUGUCUGUAGGUCGGCUCUCCCCGGUGCGCAGUCCAUACAGGCCGUCAGGGAGAAGAUACAAAGCCUGCAGAAGCUGGCGGACGAUGCCGAGGAUCGGGCCCAUCUUAUCCAGAGGGACCUGGAUGUGGAGAGACAGACAGACAGACAGGCUGAGUCUGACGUGGCCUCUCUGAACAGACGUAUCCAGCUGGUAGAGGAGGAGUUGGACCGGGCCCAGGAAAGACUUGCCACGGGUCUGCAGAAGCUGGAGGAGACGGAGAAGGCCGUGGAUGAAAGCGAAAGAGGGAUGAAGGUCAUUGAGAACAGAGCCACCAAAGAUGAAGAGAAGAUGCAUGACCAGGAUCUGCAGCUGAAAGAGGCCAAGCACGUAGCUGAGGACUCUGACAGAAAAUAUGAGGAGGUUGCCCGGAAACUAGUGGUGAUUGAGACAGACCUGGAACGAUCUGAAGAGAGAGCUGAAGUUGCUGAGAGUCGCUACCGACAGCUAGAGGCAGAACUGCGAACAAUGGACCAAGCCUUGAAAUCUGUGAUAGCAGCAGAGGAAGAGACUGAUUCUCGAGUUGAGUUUGCUGAGAAAUCCGUAGCCAAGCUGGAGAAAACCAUCGAUGACCUGGAAGAGACCCUUGCAGCGGCUAAAGAGGAGCAGAUUGAAAUUCAGCAGACACUGGACCAGACGUUGGUGGAGUUGAACAACAUGUAAUGAUGACGUUUCGGCACGGAUCCUCCA